AUGGCCAACAUACCCCUUGUAUUACAUCAAGAGGUAGCAAACUAUGAAAUGCAAAAUGAUAGAGGUGAAUGGAGUGGAGCUUCAGAAGCUACAAAUUUGCUGUGUUUGGAUAAGGAGAGAGAUGCUCUGCUUCUUAUCAGAGCUCCCCUACAAGACCCCCAUGGUACUCUCUCUACAUGGACAGCUGACGACCAUGACUGCUGCAAUUGGAGUGGAGUCACGUGCAGCAACCAAACAGGUCAUGUCACAGGGCUUGAUAUGCGUUUCUAUGGUCUUGGAGGUGAGAUAAGCCAUUCACUGCUUAACUUAACCUACUUGAAUCAUCUUGAUCUUUCUUUGAAUUAUUUCCAUGGAACCAUUCCCACCAUCAUUGGUUCUUUGACUCGAUUAAGGUACCUUAACCUUGGCUCGAAUGAUUUUAAUGGGACCAUUCCCAGGUCAAUUGGUUCCUUGACAGAGUUAAAUAACCUUGACCUUUCAUCUAACUCUCUUUAUGGAACAAUUCCUCCAGAGUUUGGAAACCUCACCAACUUGCAAUACCUUUAUCUUAAUUCUGUUGGAAGGUGUAGAGUGGAAAAGGUAGAGUGGUUGUCUCAUCUCUCUCAGUUGGAGGUACUUGUAAUGGAUGGGGUUUCCCUGUCCAAAGCAAAUCAUUGGGUAGAUGCAAUUUCAAGUCUCCCAAAACUAUUUGACUUAAGUUUAGAUGGAUGUGAACUGUCACAGGUCAUGUAUCCAUAUUCUUCUUCAUUUCUCAACUCUUCUUCUUCAUCUAUUUCUUUCCUUUCUCUCAGAAACAACAAUCUCACCUCAUCCAUGUAUCGUUGGUUGUCCCCAUUAACCACCAAUAACCUCCUUUCUCUUGAUCUCUCUGGCAACAUGUUAGAUGGGAUACCCAAAUAUUUUGGUAACCUCUGUAGUUUGGAAUAUUUGGGAUUUUAUAAUAACUCUGCUGUUGUCAAAUUUCCUGAUUUUCUCAACAACUUGUUUGGAUGCACGUCCUUGACCUUACAAAUGUUGAUUACUCGAGGUAGCCAAUUUACAGGGUCACUGUCCGAUGAGAUCCAGAAGUUUGCAUCCCUAGAAUCUCUGUACCUAUCUGAUAAUCAGUUAAAUGGAAGUAUAAGUGAGAAAUUGUGGGAACUACCCAGCCUUGAAACUGUUAUCAUUUCCUUUAAUAAUCUUACAGUUCCUUCCACAUAUCACUUGUCAAACAUCUCUUAUGUUAAAUAUCUUGAUCUGAGCUCUUGCAAGGUAGGGCCUCGCUUCCCCAAAUGGAUUCAGACACUCAAAAAUCUUACCAGUCUUGAUCUUUCCAAUACUGGAAUUUCAGACGCAAUUCCUCUGGAGUUUUGGGACAUGUGGCCUUCUCAAUUAGAAUAUCUGAAUCUCUCUUCCAACAACAUUAGCGGGAAAGUACCAGAUUUAUUAUCGAAUUUUGCCUAUGAUUCAGUGAUAGAUUUGAGUUCCAACAGCUUUCAUGAAAACAAAUUCUCUGGAGGAAUCUCAUUUAUAUGCCAAAUUGUUGAUGGGUUCUUAUCAUUUCUUGACCUCUCUCAUAACUCAUUAACCGGACAACUCCCGGACUGUCUGUGGCAUUUCGAUCAACUAGAAGUUCUUAAUCUCGGACACAACAAUCUCUUUGGAAGGCUUCCUCCCUCUAUUGGAUCUUUGAUACAACUCCAGGUGUUGUAUGUAUACGAUAACAACUUCUCCGGAGAAUUGCCUUUGUCCUUAAAAAAUUGCACGAGUUUAAUCUCAUUGAAUUUGGGGGCCAACAAGUUUUCUGGUAAUGUGCCUGUCUGGAUUGGGGAAAGCUUAACAGGGUUGUAUGUUGUUAUCCUAAGAUCAAACAACUUCUUUGGAACCAUCCCUUUACAGUUAUGUCAGUUACCUAAUCUUCAAGUUUUGGACUUGUCAAUGAACAAUCUCCAUGGAAGCAUCCCCUCAUGUUUGAGUAAUCUUACGAGCAUGCUUCACCAAGGAGGAUUCUCACAAGAUGUAUACUUUCAAACAACUAGAGGUUAUGCAACUAGAGCGGGGAGAUAUGUCGACCAUGCACUGAUCGAGUGGCAAGGAGAUGAACGUGAAUUCUUGAACACUCUGAAAUUGUUGAAGAGCAUUGACCUGUCCAGCAACAAUCUAACAGGACAAAUCCCAAAUGAAAUUACCAAUCUUUCAGACUUGAUUGCCCUGAAUUUUUCAAUGAAUACUCUAUCUGGAGAGAUUCCACAGCAUAUUGGUGAGAUGAAAAAGCUUUUGACUUUGGAUUUAUCCAGAAACAAUUUAUCAGGGAAGAUACCAUCAGGCAUGUCUCAGAUGAGCUUACUGAAUUACCUAGACUUGUCAUAUAAUCACUUUUCAGGGAGAAUCCCAUCUAGCACUCAGCUUCAGUCCUUUCCACCUUCAACAUACAAUGGAAACAAAGGACUAUGUGGACCUCCCCUUACCAAAAAAUGUCCAGGGGAUGAAGAAUCCGAAGCAACAUCGGUGAUUGGUAAAGGUGAGGGUGAUGGGGAAGACACAGAUGAUGAAGUUGAGAGAUGGUUUGUUAUUGGUGGGGGGAUGGGUUUUGCUACUGGAUUUUGGAUAGCAUGUGGCGCUUUACUUCUCAACCGUCGAGGCAGACGUGCAUUUUUUCAGUUUUAUGACAGCUUCAAAGAUUGGGUUUAUGUGAAAGUGGUUGUGUUCAUUUCAAGUUUUCAAAAGGCUAGACACACGUAG